CAACUUCCAACUUCAAGCCAUGGCGCAAGCAGCCACUCGGUCUGUACAAUCUUUGGUAACGUCUUCCUUGCUGCGUUCGAAGCAGGCUUCUGCCUAUUCAGAACGCCAGCUGGGAGGCUGCAAUUCCCAGGUGCUCUCUUAUCCACGCCGCCGCUCGCUGACUUCCAGUUCUGCACGCAGCGAGCAGCCCAAUUACGCAUCGCCAAAAGACUACAGCUCUCCCAAGGACUACAGCUCGCCCGCAAGCUCAGACCAGCGUCGAUCAGCGCCACCUGCAGAGGGUGCAGCAAGUUCUGGAGGAUCUGCUCCAAGUUUUUGGGAGUAUCAGGCUCCUCGCGAUUACAGGUCCCCUGGCAGCUACAAGUCUCCUGGUGAUUACGGCAGCCCUGCCCCGUACGGCCCAAUAGACAGGGCCGGUAGCAUUGGAAGCCCAAAAGGCGGGGUCCGUAGCAUUGAAAGCCCAAAAGCCGGGGCCAGUAGCAUUGAAAGCCCAACAGGCGGGGCCGGUGGCAGUGCAAGCCCAACAGGCGGAUCCGGUGGCAGUGCAAGCCCAACACGCGGAUCCGUUGGCAGUGCAAGCCCAACAGGCGGGGCCGGUCAGUGCAAGCCCAACACGCGGGGGAGGUGUCAGUGCAAGCCCAACAGGCGGGGCCGGUGUCACUGCAAGCCCAACAGGUGGGGGAGGUGGCAGUGGAAGCGGAGGCAGCGGCGGUGGGGACGGCAGCAUGGGGGAAGGGCCUGCAGGGGGAGGAGGCAAAGCCAAAAUGUCGCAGACUUUGACCAUCUUGUACGCUGCACUGGUGGCAAUUGGGGGUGUGGUCGCCUACAUGAAGAAGGGCAGCAAAGACUCGCUGAUUGCAGCGUCUGUAUCGUCCAUCCUGCUCGUCUCCGCAGCUGCGCUUAUUGGGUCCAAUCACGUACUCUAUGGUUCGAUCCUAGGACUUGCUGUGUCGGGGGCCCUUCUAUACGUCAUGGGUUCCCGUUUUCUCAAAUCAAGGAAAGUAAUGCCAGCAGGUCUUGUUUCUGCCAUCUCGCUGAUUAUGAGCUUUGGAUACUUUCACGGGAUACAAAAGGCAUUUCACUAGUUUGGAGUUCGUGCCUUCUUUGUACAAAGACGGGACUACAGGGCAAUUAAAGGCACAAUAGACCCACAUGCUUUUGUAAAAUUUUUACUAUCAAGCUAGCAGUUCUAAGUAAAGAAGAGCAAGUAGAAGUCCAUUCAAUGGUUAGUGUGACCCUUCAAGGUUGUCCAAGUCAAAUAAUGUGGCCUAUGUCCGAUCAUGAUCAAAACUAAGCCGGGCUUCUGCGGAACAUAUCUCCACGUGCGAAGUCCACAAUCGGUCAUUAGGAUCAGCACUAAUUUCGGCUCCUGCAUAUGCAC